CUCCCAUCCUGAAACGUAGCUCUAGUGUUUAGACUGCGCCGGGUGAGUUCACGUUCCAGCCGUGCUCCCCGCACUGCCUUCCUCAUUGGUUGACACACGGAGCCAAUGAGCGGCGUGCUUGUUUGGAGGUUCUGGGAGCCGAACGGCGGUGCGGACGGUGUGGAGAGGAUUAAUCCUUGGUAUCUCCUGGAGCGGACUACAUACAGACGUGUCAAGGCUUUUUGAUACUCCUAGGGUUGUGCGUGGACUGUGAUCCCGGAGAUGCAAUUAUGACAGAGUCAGAAGAGACCGUGCUGUAUAUAGAGCAUCACUAUGUGUGCUCGGAGUGUGGAGAGGAGUAUCCUAACUUGGAGGAUGCUGUUGUACAUCAGCAGACACACACAACAGAUGUACAGGAAUCACAGUAUCAAGUGCUUGGCCUCGACUCUCACGAAAACCAGUACCAGUGCCUGGAGUGUGGCCAGGUUCUAAUAACCCCUGGAGAGCUGCUAAUGCAUCAAGAGAUGCACCUUAAGAUGAUGAAGCAGGUUCCACCUGCCAGUCCCAAGGCCCAACACACCUCCCGAAGUGCUAUCCAUUAUGAAUGCCCAGUUUGCAAGGCUCUGUUUAACAGCCAGGAUGUCUGGAUGGCCCAUCGGUAUACUCAUAUGCAAGCUCAGGAUGUGCCACAAUCUAAAGUACUACUGAAGACGGAUGACCAUGUCAUGGAGGAAACCAUUCAACUCGUGUGCUCUCCUUCAGUACCUGGGGAGGUUCAUCUUGUAGCAGGUCAGCAACACAUCGAAGUACCCACUCAGCCUUCUGCUGCAGUGUCACAUACUCAAGUGCUUGUGGGACUGGAGCAUUCUUACAAGAAGAACGAAGGAGCUGGGGAGGAUUGCGCAGUGGAAGUUUUGCUUUAUAAAUGUUCACAGUGCACACAGCUGUUUCAAACACCCGAGGAGUUUUUAGAACAUCAAGCAACCCACUUUGCUGCCGAGGAAUGUGCUCCAGAUUCAGGACAUGAAACAUUUGAGCCUCCUGAACCAUCUCCAAUAGAGCAAGUAGAUCAAAUACCAAAGGAAAAUCCACCCACAGAAAACUGUGAGCAGGAGAGCAAUGUUGUCUCUGUGGCAGCUGAAGAGCAGCAAGUAGAUACAGAUGGCACGAACUCUGCAUUAUCUUGUGAGAGUUGUGUACAGACAUUCCAAAGUGCUGAAGAACUUCAGCUACACCAAUUGUCCCACCAGACUGGUCCUUUCAGCUGCCCACUCUGUAGCAAAAUCUUCCCCACACAAGUGGAAGUCGGAGAGCACCUAAGGUCACAUCAGAGUGAGUCGCACUAUCUUUGCAUGGAUUGUGGGAUCGGUUUUUCCAGUGAGGCUAUCCUGCUAAAUCAUCGUCGCACCCACCUUUCCAACCCUCUCUAUUCUUGUGAGUGUGGAGAGACCUUCCUUAAUAUGACAAAAUUCCUUUACCACCGCCGUUUGCACAAUAACAAACAAAAAGAUCCUGCACUGGUGCAGGAGCCAAAAACGUCCACUCAAACAUUACCAACGCCAGCUGGUGGCUUUAUGUGUGCCCCGUGUGGGAAGGCCUUUCCACUUCUGCACCAGCUACUACGCCACCAACGUUUUGUGCACUCGCUUGAAAGGAGGCACAAGUGCCCAAGUUGUGGAAAACCCUUUAAAAAACGUUCACACCUGCGCUCUCAUAUUCUUACCCAUACGGGGGAACGUCCAUUCUCCUGUAUGGACUGCAACAAAUCUUUCAACUCUCAAGCCAACCUACUUCGACAUAAGCUCACUCAUACGGGAGAAAAGCCGCAUAAGUGUCAGCUCUGCAACAAGGCUUUUAGCCAGUCGUCUACUCUGCAGCAACAUCUAUCCGUACACAGUCAAGAACAUCCGUAUAAAUGCAAUGAGUGCGGUGUCAACUUUCACCGUCCUUACCGUCUGUAUAUGCACCAGUACCAACAUACCGGAGAGUACCCCUAUAAGUGUCAGGACUGUGGACUCUCUUUUCUUCUUAAGAGACUCCUGGAAGUGCACCAACUUGGGCACCGUGGUCAGGUUCCUCAUCGUUGUGCAGAGUGUGGCACAAAUUUCCCUACCUUACUCAGGCUGCAGGAUCAUCGCUGCAAUAAAUCUGCCUCUGUAGAGGGUGAGAAGGUGGAGUGCCCUGUGUGUGGCAAGAAAGUAAUAAGUGAUGCCCGUCUUAAUGCUCAUGUCGCAUCUCAACAUGCGGGUCCCAGGACUGAUAAUGGAUACCCACAAAAGGAUGAGCUGCAGGCCCCCAUUUCACUCAAGAAGAAGAAAAACGGACCCAAGAGGCUGGAGUGUCCUGAUUGCCAUAAGACAUUCAGCACAGAAACCUCUCUUCAGGUUCACCGCAGGAUUCAUACCGGUGAACGGCCCUACCCUUGUCCAGACUGUGGCAAAGCCUUCAGACAGUCCACACAUCUUAAGGACCACCUUCGACUACACACAGGGGAGAAACCUUUCAAGUGUGAAGUAUGUGGCAAAGCUUUCACAAUUGCGGUACGACUGUCUGAACAUAAACGCAUCCACACCGGGGAACGCCCGCAUGUCUGCCCAGAGUGUGGUAGAGCAUACCGCUCUUUUUCAAAUCUGUGGAAGCACCGAAAGUUGCACCGCGAACAGCCAGACCCACCGACUGCCUCUGAAUCUCACUCCAGCGACCUAGCCAGCACAGUGGCUAUACUGGAGACUGUAGAAAGCAUUCCCAUUAUUGAGACAGUCGAAAUAUUUCCUGAAGGCAGCGCAAUCAGUGUGCAGGACAUUCAAUUUGAAACUCUGCAGGUAGAGAAUAUCCAUUUGGGGAACAUUCAGAUAGGAAACCUAUGAGGGGAAGGAAUUGAAAAUGAUGCUUUGCAUACAAUGUGAACAUUGCAUUCAAAUGUUCUUGCACUCGUUACAGAAUUUAAAAAUGUUUAACUCUUCCAUGGGAAUGUUAACACAACUAUUUUAAUGAUAUCCUCUAGUUAUUAAUCUUCAAUAAAGAGUUAUAACAUCC